AUGCGAGACAUUGUCCACAGCCGCAUUUGCCCUACGCGUGUUCUGACGCCAGUAAGCAAGGCGCGGCCAAAAUCUUGCAAGCGACAAGAACGACGCCAUAACUACCUAAACUUUGGAUCAAAGCCAGGCCGAGUAAUCUUGCUUGGCCGGUUCGCCGGCUUGCCGCCUAGCGAUGGACCUCACCAUUCUGCACUUCAACGAUGUGGUGGGUACAGGACUCCAAACGCGACGGGCAGAGAGCCAUCGCUGAUCAAGGACUGCAACUGCGUGCAGUAUCACAUAUCCGAUUCCGAAUUAGUCGCGAAAUUUGCUUCUGUCCUCGAAGACCCUAGCCUUGCCACUGGAGAUGGUAAUACCAGCAGCGGCCCCAUCUUGCGCGUCUUCAGCGGCGAUGCAUUUUCGCCGUCCUUGGAAGCGGCUGUUUUGCGCGGCGAUCACAUGGCGCCACUGCUGGACGGUCUUGGUAUAGAUGUUGCGUGCUAUGGGAAUCACGAUUUUGACUUUGGUGAAGACCGACUCGUGGAGCUUGUCAGCCAAACUCGCUUCCCUUGGACCCUUGCCAACGCAGUUGCGCCAACACACGACGCCAAGGGCGGUCGUCUUCUUGCUGGUGCCCACGAAUACGUGGUGAAAGAACUGGAACACCCCGCCACGGUCGCGAAACGAGUAGCUACCCGUCUACGACUGGAAGAAAGUUGCGACGUGGUUAUUGCGGUUACCCACAUGCGACUGGUAGAAGAUCUUGAAACCCUUAACAGCACGCUGUCAGGCCCGGAGAGAAUAGAUCUGAUUCUGGGCGGCCAUGAUCACUACGUUGUGCGCCGAGACCCCUCAGACGAUAACGCCAACCCUGAAGUGCUUCAGUCUGGUCUUCAUGAGCAGGGAGCUGCAAUGACCGAAUGUGAUGGGGAUUUCAGGAUCAUCAAAAGCGGCACCGACUGGAGAGGACUUUCUAUCCUUCAGUUGCGACUUGGCAGCAAGGAUGAAGGCGAGCGGACGAUACUCGACAUGUCUUUGCGUCAAAUCCGAGAUUUGAAGAAAAUUUCGAGUUACGAACAAAUUCCCGCUUCCCAGGCAACGUUGGCUAUCUUACAAGCAACACAUGACAGGAUCGAACAGGUGGUGACGCAACCAUUAUUUCGCACCGCAUCACCUUUGGACGGAAGAUCACACAUCAUUCGCAGCCAAGAAACAAACUUGGGCAACAUGUUGGCUGAUGCCGUCCGGGCGUUUUACGACACCGACAUUGGCUUCGUGAACAGUGGUGCCGUACGUUGCGAUCGCAUUGUCGAGUGCGAUGGCGACGCGCCUCUUUGCAUUCGGGACGUCAUUGAGAUUAGCCCCUUUGACAAUGCCUUUGUUGUCAAACGAGUCAGUGGCCGAGUUCUCUCCGAGGCCCUAGAAAAUUCCGUCUCAGAUGCCCACACUGACGGGAGAUUUCUGCAGCUCUGCGGUCUUACCAUGAGGCUGGACUGGAGGCGCCCAGAAGGAUCCCGGGUCAGCGAGAUAUUGUUUCAUCCGCGCCAAGGUAGAAUUCAGCCGCUGGACGCAGAUCGGAUGUACACAGUCACCAUGAUUGACUUUAUCGCGUCCGGGUUUGAUGGAUACACGUGCUUUCAGGACUGCGAGACCUUGGUCGAUACCGAAGGCGCCAUUACAGACACAAAUAUGCUGCUUGAAAUAUUCAAAGUGGGCAGAGAAGAUGCGAGCGAGUCUGGGAUUGCCGACCAGCAUGCAGAAGGAAUACAGAGGGCAAGGGCGGCGGUAAUCACUGGUUAUCACUCCGAAGAUGCCCUUCCUAUUGUGAAUCCGGUGGUUGAAAGCCGCAUCAAGGUCAUGCAUGAAGCCAAUCUAUAG